AUACUUGUACUGUACUAUACCGUUAGACCUGGAAGGCACGGGGGGGAGCAUCAGAAGAGCCUCGACAUGGACAGAGAAGAGAAAGACAGAGUACAUUUCCCGCUGGUCAUCCCACUUCCACUCUCGCGCGGUAAAGUGUAGUGUAUAAGAGCUCCCACUCGUCUCCCGGAAAUAGCACAAACUCACCACUUCCACCACCGGCACUUGUACUCGUACAAAAGCCUCACAAAAAAACAAAAAAAACAACAACCCCCCUAUGAUACUUCAUUCGCCAACCACCCGCACUAACCAGAGGGCUUGCGCGGUGAGACCUAGGUAGGUGGUCUUAAUAUAAGUUAACAACAAGGCUUGUCCACCUGGUUCUCUAAGGUGUCGAAAGGCUGGAGUUCAAGAAAUUCAACAAUUGUCGGGGGUUCUGAUGGGCUGCUGAUGGGAAGUAUCAUAAGUGGCAAAAAAACCCCAGCCUCCAAGUUAUCAACAUUGGUAUUAACUCCCACUUACCAUAGGUCCGCCUGCACAAAAACUCUCUACUCGUACAUACUAAAUUACCGGUAACGGUAUCAAGCACCCGAACUUCCAGCCAGAAGGCACCAUAACAAACCAACAGGCACCAAAUCAAUUUAAAAAAAACCGCGCACUCAUCCAUUCAUCCUCCCACGAAACCACCCCUUUUUCAAAUCAAAUGCCACCCCUCAGCGAAGAGCGUAUCAUCAUAUAACAUCUCACGAUUCUCCAUGUUGGAGAGGGUUCGUUCCACUCUGCGACUCUCGGGAACAGAGGAAAGUCGACCCGUGGAAAGCCUUUUUUUAUUUUUUUUUAAAUCAUGUCCCGGGCCAACCUCGUGCACGUGGUGACGUCGAUGUUUGCUCGGUCAGAGGAAUGCCUUGGCUGGCCUUACGAGAUCGGUUGUUGGCGAUUACGGUGAAUCGAUGGGGGGGGAUGGGAGUUUCGUGGCGGUUUUUAUGUGGUACGGUACAUCAUAAGCUGUGAUGGUGAGUGAAACUGGAGUUUCAGGGAUGGCUUUUUCACGGAAGAGUCGGGAGGUUGGGUGGCGGUGGGGAUCUUUUUUUCCCCCCACCCCGCUUCUGGUUGGGUGGUGGGAGUGUGGGACCGAUCAUGCGGUAUCACUCGAUCGAGUUUUGUGCUCGAGGAUUGACUCAGGGGCGGGAGAGCAUCAUACCGCAGCAGAUGUGAUGGUAGGGGUGGGCGGUUGUUAUCCUUUAUGUGCCUGAUGGCGUGGCCCCGGCGCUUGCUUGGAAAAACGAAUAAAAAUAUCGUAGGAGUAAACCGCUUUUUGCAAAGUUACCCACUAUUGGUGAGGUCCUUUGUUGUGGCUUGGGAACAUUCUAUAUAUAGCACUUUCUGAUCACCCGUAGGGACGCAGGUGGAUCCGGAGAAAAAUUUGGAGCGGAAGUCAUGUAUCGACAGUAUCACAACGAUGCCAGAGUACCGGUAUUCAAAUCUUGGGUCUAGCUUCGAGCCGGCGAGCACUUCAGAGCAUUGCCCAACGCUGAUGAGCUCACACCCAACCCCGGACAACAAGGAGGACAGAUAAACAAGAUUUCAACCUCUCCAUCCCUACAUUCGCCUAAGGAGGAGAGAUUAAUAGAGGGAGACAAAAGAGCCCAGCACCCAGGAUUCCCUACCGUAGUGCAGUAUUAACCGGCCAAAACGACCUCACGUUUACCGCAGACCACAAAAUACAAAAUUUUCAUCAUUUCGCGCGCGAACACAUUCACGUGCACAUUUCAACCCCACGGCAGAGAAGCUACAAAUCUUCACCUUGAAGCAGAGUUGGCGAUGGAUGGAGGGUUCAAGCUUGAUUUGAAGGUGCUCUUGGAGGGAUCCCCUCCCACGCCCUAGAUGGGGUACCGGUAGCUCUUACUUACUUACCGGUAUAGCUUGCCCAGAAUUUGAAAUCCCAGUGGGUAGAACGAGCGGAGAUGUGAACCAAGAGAGACAAUUGCCAGAACGGGGUAUUUUUUCUUAUUUUUUCCCCUUCUCCCUCCUUUUGAUAUAGUCAGUAGUAUCAUGCUUUUUGAGUCGAGGAAAAGUGGGAUGUAUUAUCAUAUCGUGGGAGGUCUUUCCGAGAGAUUUGUAAGCAAAUCGUGGCAUGAGGCGCUAAUUGUGGAGGUUGGGAAGAUUGUAUGAUCUUAUAACAUAUGUUUAUCAUACCAGCACAGUCGCUACGCCUGGCUUGUUAUCCCCGGCACCCAGAUGGUUCUUCAUCACUAAUAUUAUCAUAGCAGUUCACUAUUAACUCUAGUUAGUUUAUUACUACCAUUAUUAUUUUCUACCCUCUUUCAUAAUCCUAUAUUUACAGAAAAAUAAUAAUAAUAAUGCUAUGUAUGAUACAGUAGUAUGACGAAUCCUAACUCUGACUUGACUCCGAUUCGGGCAUGUAUGAUAACUACCUAUCAGUCAUUAACAUAGAGGAGAGGGGGAAAAAAGGGAGGUGGAGCUUCCAGAAGUUCCUUCGAUCCACUACUGCUCAGGCCACUAAUUACCAUCUUAGGCCCAAUUACGGCACCAUAUCCCGCUACAGUCAAAUGAUUCCCACCAACCAUGGAACUCGAACUUGUGAAAUAUCGAGCUAGGGAGGGCGUUGCAGGUCCCUCUGCUAGUGGUAUCAUAUCGUGCGGUUCUUUACUAUCAUCAUAUCAUACUUUUAGUUAUUCUAUACUAUAGAUAUGGAUGGAUCUUCCUAUAAGCUAGGUAUCUAUCUGGUCCUCGUACUUUUAUACUAGAUGAUUCCUGCCGGAGAAAAUAGUAAAUAAAUAAAUCAAAUAUGGUAUGGGAGAGUAUUUGAGGAUCGAUUACAGGACAGUGAGAAUCAUCAUCAAGAUUGUGGGAACUGUUGACUAUUAACAGGGACUUUUACUUCUUUGUUGUUAAAAAAAAAACCCUCUCGAUAAUAGGAUUAUAUAUACAUGUACAUGCUCAGAAAAUGGAAGUUGAGCACUUGCACUUCCUGUCGAUAUUAUCUAUUGCUUACUUGUCCAUUAACUAGCAUGCUAUAGUAUCAGUUCCGAUUAGUAACACUUGUUUUUUUGUUUUUUUUCAAAGUUUUUAAUUGCAAGACGUACUUAAAUCUUGUACUCGAGUAUUAUAAUGUUCGAUUUUAUCUUACUUUACUCAUUUGUGUGUCAUACAUAGCAAGCAAGCAAGCAAGCAAGCAAGCAGACAGACCCACCGAAUUAGCCUAAAGAUAGAAUUUUUUUACUCCCCUUUUUUUUUAAAUAAUAAUAAUAAUACCACCGGCCGGUGUCUACAGUCUAUUCCUAACCUUUUAUCCUUCGAGUUCCUGAAUAGUAGAGUGAAGGUCUGCAUCGUACCUGAACUGCGCCAAAAUGUCACCAAACCGUGCGAAGCCUAUAUACUACUAGUACACAGCCUCUGUAUAUGAUAGCACGGGAACAGAAACCAAACCACGAACCCCAUCACCCCCAGUUUCGGAUCCGGAUUUGAGGAUGCAGUGGAGGUUCUAGGCGCCCAGUUCGAGCAAUGUGAGGGUAACGAGGCUAGGGCGGUCCCGGUAUGGCUGCAGUAAAUUAACAGUUUGGUGAAGUCCCGUAACUACGAGGAUUGCGCAAUCGACAAAAAAAGCCACUUGGUGAGAUGUGGGAAUGGUUUUCCCGAACCGGGCUAGAGAUCUCGGUAGGUAUUCUGAUCGUCGGGCGGCAUAGAGCUCAGGAUGGAUGGAUGCAGGGGGAAACGGUAAUGGUACAAGUACAGCCGUGCCCUGAUACCCGCACAGGCAUAUUUCAUCAGUACCAAUGUGAGGUGACGAAGGUUUUAAAAGUCUUCUAGUCAUGUUUUACAGGUUUUUACCCAUAGAAUUUUCUGUUUGGGAUGAGGCUUAGCAGGUGGAAAUUUUUCACUUGGAGGCAUGGCCUUGCCUUCCUCAGAGAGAGAGGAGGAAUGAAGCAUGAAGGACCCAUCCUGUACAAUCACCUACAUCACCUUCUUUUCUGUUGUUUCUGGAUGCUAUUUCCCCACUCUUUUUAUCUUGCUUUCUCACUGUGUUUUACUGUCAAUUCUAUCAGCAUAAUUCUAUGCUCUUAUCCAAUUGAAUAUAACACCAUAUGGUCAACCAUAUUGCAGAGGCAUCAGCUUGGUCAAUCACACCAUCCAAAUUACGGAAGUCAACAGAGACAUUUCCACCCGGUAGUAUGAUAUGACAUCAUACGACUUCGGGAAGUAAGAGACCUAUCUAGAGCUCGAGGGCACAAAGGGUUCAAACUAUCGUGCCGGAUAUGAUAUGUUCUCAACGAUUAAAGCUCUGGAACCGUAGCAGACUCCUGCAACUGACUAACUCAGCCCCAAUGGCAAAUCAGGAAACCGGGCUUUGUCAUGAACAGAACACCGAUGACAUAAAGUAUCGUAACAUCGAAGAGGGUGGGAUAAAAAUAAGAAGAGUCAGCGUAAGUAAAUCACCAAGUAUAAGCUAGCAACAAUUGCUGGCCAAGGAUGGACGAUUAAAACGCAUAGAGGAGCACGGGAUUCAAUCCCCGCCCUCCUCAUUCCUCCGACUAUUAAGAUCUUCAUUAAUCGCUUAAUUCAGACAGUAGUACGGUGGAUAAGGAUCACGGAACCAUCAAUGCCACCCCAAACACGACAAAACGCCCCUUCAGGGAGACAUAUCAUUGCACCGGUGCGAAUACGGUGGUAUCCAUCGGCCAGAGGUGGCAAAAUCAGUAUGUAUAAUACAUACUGUACUCGUACUCGCACAAGGACAGCAAAUAAGGCAAGGGCAAACACGCCCCCAGCGCAAACCCAUCGGCCUUAUGAAUAGUUUGACCAUCCAAUAGAAAGGCAAACCGUAUUUGUAAUGUGGGGAGCUGGAGUGUUGAUACAUGAUCGACCGUUCGCCGGUGUGUUGGUUUGCCCCCGAAGAUUACCCCCUGGCGGAUACCCUCGGCUCAAUAGGGAAUGUCUGCAAAGGUAUGAAAAGUACGGUACGGGUAUACGGCGCACCCGAUGCCGUGGUGACCCUCCAAAUUCGACCCACCGCUAGAGUGCACAGGCCUGGAAAAGCGCUGGUUAGCCCAUGCGAUUCAAAGAAGAGAGUAAACAGGAUUCAUGGCUGGAGACCACGACCGUUUAUCCAGUGGGCAAAAAAACUCUGGAAAAUCAGGAAAGCUAGGAAGAAAAGGCAGACAGCAGUAAAAUAGAAUCGGUUUACAAUCUGUCAACCCGAAUAUGCCAGCAACGAGAUCAGAAAAGCCCGGCGGACGAAGGAACAUCACGGACCGAAUAGCACAGUUUCCCCGAUAACUACUUUAGCCCACAUUAAAUAUGCAAUGCUAAUCCGCGGUCGAGCCCAGCGCCUCCUAGCGGCGGGCCGAAUUUGAGGAGGCAAAAGGGUAUGUACUCGAGUAAAGCAUAAUGCCCUACGAGUACCCUCUGCGGUAUGAUAUGUUACGAUACUUUCCCUAUAUCGUAUCGAGGCCCCCAAUGAAUAGCAAAAGUCUGCCCUGAUUUGUCUGUAUGUUAGCGGGGUAUCAAUGAUCGCGGGAGCCCUUUUGUGCUUUCUUUACUUUUGCCUGGUCCCUUGCAGAAGAUGGACUGGUACCGAAACGGGACGGAGAAGGGAGAGCAUGGAUUGUCUUCGGGGUCAGAUUUUGUCGUUUGUGACAAGAUUUUGGGCAUGCCGCCGCCACGUUGCCAGCGUGAUUGAGCCCGUGCGGCGCGUGAUGUUAUUCGGCGUGAUGGGCUCGGCUUCCCUAGGGAACAGAAUAGAGAGAGAGCAAACCACUGGCUAGAAAACCUCGUUACAUGAGAAGAACAGAAUUGUGAAUCCAUCCGGGUGAUUGGAAGUUUUAUAAAGCUCCUCAGCUAUGAUACAGGUACGGAUGGAAUGUUUAUCUAGAAAUAUCUAUCGUGUGAGCUCGGCCAUCCAUUUUCCCUUUCGGAGGACGGAACAUCUGCCGGUUGCUUCUCUAGCAUAUGAACCUGUGGUCCCUUUGCUUACUAACGGACCUCGGGCCAACACACUUGUAGCGCCCAGAAAAACAUUCCCCCAACACACACACCGAUUUCCUUCAGAGCUCUCCCAAUAGUCCUCUGAAAUCCCACCCCUCAAUCCUCCUCCUCAGCAGAAUAAACACACCGAUUAUAGUAGCAACUAAGCCCUAUUCCUCAUUCUCCUCUUCAACACCAUCUCGUCUCUCUACAGCUCCCUUACUUCCACUGCUUCAAAAAAGGGCGGUUGAACGGCCAAACCCCUCCCCCUCCUUACAACUCGACCAGCCCACUUGUUUGAUCGAAAUAUAAAAAAAAUAAAAAACAACAAUCAUGUCUUUCGGCGGUGCUGAGUGUUCAACCGGACGCAACCCUCUUGCUCAGUUCACCAAACAUGUCAGCAAGGACAAGAGUCUCGAGAGAGAUCGCUUAGGUAGCCUCCCUGUGGGGCCCGAACUUGGUGGUUUGCGAACGGUAGGAGGUGAGAUGGCGGGAGCGGACAAGCAGGUUAGUAUUCACCACCGGAAACCUGACAAUCCUAACCCAAAGACCCCUCUGGCUAAUGACCACAGAUGAUGGAUGAAUUCUACAGCCAACAAUCCGGAGCGUCCCCCUUCGCUUUCGAAUCAAUGCGGCGAGAGCUCUCGGAUCUGCAGCAUGGACCAGCGCCCAUGGCAGGCCAACCCUGGGCCCCCGAAUUUGGGCCCCAGCAAGCCAUGAACCCUCAGGAGCAAGCUAUGAUGGAAGCUGCGUUUGUCUCCAGAAACGGAUCUAGUGAAUUCAGCACAGCUGAAUUUGCUCGCUUCCAGAAUUCCUCUCCCUCUGUCGAUGUCAGGAUGGCUCCACCAGCCCCAACUCAAGCGGCCUCGACUCCCUACUACCAGCAAUUCCGCGGAUACAAUAAUUUCAACCAGGGCUUACCGUUCCAAGUCCACCAGCCCAUGAUCCAGCAAUUACAGACGCAAAACCAACAGCAGGACCUGAAGGGCAAGGGGAAGCAGGUUGUGGAGCUAUCGGAUGAAAACUGGGAAUCCCAGUUCAAGGAAAUGGAGGCCAUGAACAAGCCUUUGGAUGUGGACGAUCAAGCAAACAAGGAUAUUGAGGCCGAGCUAAACUCUCAACCAGAGACCAUGUAUGGUGAUUUUCAGUCGGUAUGGGAAGGGAUUCAAGCCGAGACUGGUGGCGUUGCUUUGGAUGGAGUGGACUGGCAAAAUGAGUUCGACACAUCAAAUCCCUGGUCCGCCGAGGCCUCGGCUACAAACUCUAUGCCCAAUCUAGGCGAAUAUCUCUUCGAGGUGGAUAACCCAUUCCUAAUGCAUGGAGAUCCAUUCUCUGAAGGAAAGAGGCUUGUGGAAUCUGGUGGAAAUCUUUCUUUGGCAGCGCUCGCUUUCGAAGCGGCUGUCCAGAAGGAUAAGAAUCAUGUUGAGGCAUGGACGGAGCUUGGAGGAUGUCAGGCCGCAAACGAGAAGGAGACGCCAGCCAUCCGGGCCUUGGAGGCAGCGCUGAAGCUUGACGAAGCCAAUCUCGGUGCGUUGAUGGGACUUGCGGUAUCUUAUACCAAUGAGGGAUACGAUUCAACGGCAUACUCCACAUUGGAACGUUGGCUCGCAACCAAAUAUCCUCAAGUAACCGAGCAAGCGCCCCCUGCACCCACCUCAACACUUGAUCGGAUGGCGAUUCACGAGCGGGUUACGAAUCUUUUUAUCCAAGCAGCUCAACUCUCUCCAGAAGGAACAGCCAUGGAUUCGGACGUUCAGGUCGGUUUGGGUGUUCUCUUCUAUGGCGCUGAGGAGUACGACAAAGCCGUCGACUGCUUCUCGGCAGCAUUGACAUCUACUUCAACCGGUUCUUCGUCACCCGAACACCUUCUAUGGAAUCGCCUCGGCGCAACACUUGCAAAUAGCGGACGAUCGGAAGAAGCUAUCAAUGCAUACGAGCGAGCCUUGACCAUAAACCCGAACUUUGUCCGUGCAAGGUACAAUCUAGGAGUAUCAUGUAUCAACAUUGGAUGUUACGAGCAGGCAGCAGAGCACCUCCUCGGUGCCCUCGCCAUGCACAAAGUCGCAGAAGAGAAGGCAAGACAAGACUUCACCGAAGUUGGACUCGACCCUGCUCGCAUCGUACAGAACCAGAGCACCAAUCUCUUCGAUACCCUCAGGCGUGUAUUCAGUCAGAUGGGUCGUAGGGACUUGGCCGAGCUGGUGACCAAUGGCAUGGAUAUUGAUGUUUUCAGGUUUGUCUCUUUUGCCCCUUCCUCCAUUCCACGGCCAACAACAUACAUUGAUGCACGUCACAGGAAGGAAUUCGAAUUUUAGACACGGGCUGGCGAUCAAUGGGUGCUCAACCUUUUUUUUGGUGGUGAUGACGAGGGCGGGUGGCUGUUCUAUCAUAUCUGCUUUCUUUGUUUUCUUCUUCUACAUUCUACAUUGUUGUAUACCUGCAUGGUACGGAGAGUUUGCUACAGGGGCGAGAUUUUUGCGAUUUAUAAUUGCCAUCGGUGGCAUGGGGGCUAUAGCUAGUUCGACAUAAAAUUCGUCAUUUUGCGCAGAGCAGAAUAAACCAUAAAUGAACGGAU